UUUGCAUAGCCUACAACAAUCAAGAAGUGUCUAAUACAUUUAGAGAUACAUGACAUCAAGACCCAGAAGACUACCUGAAACCAGAGGAGACACAAGAUCAUGGAGAUUAUUUUGUGGAAAGUUGUGUGUGUUGUAUUUGCUCUACUCCUAAAUGUUGGAGGCUCACUCGCCCAGCUGGAUGUGUGUGGUCGGCCUCCACUGAACACCAAGAUUGUGGGUGGUGAAAAUGCUGCUCCUGGGUCCUGGCCUUGGCAGGUCAGCUUUCAGACAAGUGGCGGCCAUUUCUGUGGUGGCAGCCUGAUCAAUCAGAACUGGGUCUUAUCAGCUGCUCACUGUUUCCGAAGGUCUGCUGCAGAUUCUAUCACAAUCUUACUUGGAAUGCAAAGUCUGGACGAGACAAACGCUAAUAUGCAGAAGCUAAGCGUUAAUAGCAUUAUCAUCCAUGAAGACUAUAACCCUAAUAUUGAUAAUGACAAUGACAUUGCGCUGGUCCAGCUCACCUCUUCAGUGACAUUCAAUGAUUAUGUCAUGCCGGUGUGCCUCGCAGCAAGCAACAGUUCUGUUCCCGGUGGUACUAAUGUCUGGGUCACAGGAUGGGGUAGAAUCACUUCUAAUGAGAAUUUGCCAUCCCCUGGAACCCUGCAGGAGGUGCAGGUGCCGAUUGUCAGUAACAGUGACUGUGCAAAAGCAUAUUCACAUACUUCUAUCACAGACAAUAUGAUGUGUGCUGGCUUAGCUCAGGGAGGAAAAGACUCAUGCCAGGGGGAUUCUGGAGGUCCACUGGUAGUCAAGGUUAAUGAAACCUGGGUUCAGGCUGGGAUUGUGAGCUUUGGCCAUGGCUGUGCUUUACCUAAGUUCCCUGGUGUGUAUACCAGAGUGUCUAAGUACCAAGACUGGAUUAACAGCAAGAUCAGCAGCAAUCAACCUGGAUUUGUUGUAGUUUCAAAUGGCAACCGUGUCUCUCCCAACCUCUUCUGUCUGUUCCUUUCUUUCUCCAUCAUCCCCUUCCUCCUCUCCCUCCAUUUCUUCUAAUGAUGAUAGUCAAAUUAAACACACAAGUGUAAAUGAAAGAAGUAAGCUAACAUUACUGUAUUUUUUCCAUGUCUUACAGAAGAUCUUAGCUUUUAUCUGUAGCUUUAACUUUAUUUUCUACAAAAAAUUUUAAACAGACAGUUUAAUUGUAUGUGAAUCAAAGAGGCAAAACCUAAAACUUUACUUUAAAGAGCCACAAACAAAAGGAGUGACAUUACUGUAUUCUAGCUAUUUUAUCAGUCAUACAGAAGAACAAUAUUUAGCAUUUAUCUGUAGGUUUGACUUUUUUAAGUACUUGCCUCAAGUAACUCAUUUUUUUUGUAUAGUCUAUAGAGAGAAGUUGGGUAGUUGCUGUCUGCACCAUCUGCAGAUGGUUGCUCCAGUCUGUUGUUCUCUUGCACCCCCUGUCUGUGUAUAUGUACCUGAAUGUAUAUGACAAAUUAUGAAUUAUAUGACAUAUAUGACAAAUGAAAAGUAAAAUAACAAAGUGUCUUAGUAAAUUAUUGGGCUGCCAUGA